AGGCAGCAGGCUGCCGGCGGGCGGGCGGACGGCACGGAGGGAGUGAGCGAGCGAGCAGUGAGUGAGCCAGCGAGGGCGGCCGGGUCCCGAGGGCAGCCGAGAUUUCUCAGGUCCCUCCGGCCCCCUCCCUGGAGUCCACAGCGCCUCCGCUGUCCAGCGGAUCGGACACGGCCCGGCCCGGCCAUGGCCUCGUUGCUGAAGGUGGAUCAGGAAGUGAAGCUCAAGGUAGCGGCGCCGGUCCGGCCUUUUUGCCCCUCGCUGUGAUCCCCCAGCAGUCUGACCGGCUUCCUACUCCCCAUGGCGUCUUUGUCUCCCUGGGGAUACCAGCUCUGAGCUUCCGCUCGGCUCAGCCCAGCCCCCAACUCCCGGGGUCGGCUUCGCGGGAGAGGAAAAUAUAGGAUGGCUUUCUGUACCGCGUCUGAUGAUGGAGAGUCCCGGGGAGACCUCCGCGGACACGUGUUGGACUCAGGGCUUUAAGCCAGUGACAGCUGGAAAUCCCCCAGCCCAACAACGUCCCUGGACACUGCCCCUGCCCUUGGCGGCUGGCCUGCCUGGUAUCACAGACCAGGUCUGGGUGGGGGUUGGCACGUUUGUGAGCUCACAUCUUCCCUAACUACCUGUCUUUUGUCUGCUUAUCAAAUUCAGACAGCUUCAGACACAGGAGGGAGGGAGGGAGGGAAGGGAGAGGACAGAGGAGACAGGCAGGUGUCCUCAAAGCCCUGCUUUCUUCUCCUGAGAUGGAAAAAUGGAUCCUCAAAAAAAUAAAGUAUUUGCAGUCUGGGGGCCUCUCAGCUUCUUAUUACAGUUACAAGGUUGAUUCUUUCAGGGAGCGGAUCACAAGUGAGGCAGAAGACUUGGUGGCAAAUUUUUUCCCAAAGAAGUUGUUAGAACUUGAUAGUUUUCUGAAGGAACCAAUCUUAAACAUCCAUGACCUAACUCAGAUCCACUCUGACAUGAAUCUCCCAGUCCCUGACCCCAUUCUUCUCACCAAUAGCCAUGAUGGACUGGAUGGUCCCACUUAUAAGAAGCGAAGGUUGGAUGAGUGUGAAGAAGCCUUCCAAGGAACCAAGGUGUUUGUGAUGCCCAAUGGGAUGCUGAAAAGCAACCAGCAGCUGGUGGACAUUAUUGAGAAAGUGAAACCUGAGAUCCGGCUGUUGAUUGAGAAAUGUAACACGGUCAAAAUGUGGGUACAGCUCCUGAUUCCCAGGAUAGAAGAUGGAAACAACUUUGGGGUGUCCAUUCAGGAGGAAACAGUUGCAGAGCUAAGAACUGUUGAGAGUGAAGCUGCAUCUUAUCUGGACCAGAUUUCUAGAUAUUAUAUUACAAGAGCCAAAUUGGUUUCUAAAAUAGCUAAAUAUCCCCAUGUGGAGGACUAUCGCCGCACCGUGACAGAGAUUGAUGAGAAAGAAUAUAUCAGCCUUCGGCUCAUCAUAUCAGAGCUGAGGAAUCAAUAUGUCACUCUACAUGACAUGAUCCUGAAAAAUAUCGAGAAGAUCAAACGGCCCCGGAGCAGCAAUGCAGAGACUCUGUACUGAGGCCAGGGCCAGAGCCAGGGGACUCUGUGAGUCUGGCUCAAGACCGACAUUGCCUUGGUUUGUUACAUGACUAUCGUGAUGGGGAAACUGGCUGGAAAUAGUAAUCACACCUCUCUGUUUUUAGUUAGAGUCUAAUGAAACUCUCAUCUAGUUCUGUGAUGUGUUUACCUCUUUUUUCAGGCCUCAGGAACUCUUCUAUUUCCUUCCCUAAUACCCCACACCCAACCUGUCAUAAUUUCUGGAGAACUCCAGGUUUGUGUGUGCAGGAUGUUGGCACAAAAAUACUUGUGUUUUCACUCUUUUCCUCUCUCCCUCCUGUGUCUUGCGCUUUAUGUUUUCUUCCUUUUGAUAAUUAGUUGGUUAAAAGCUGAGGGAACCGGAAGGAAAGUGCUAGGUAUUUUUUAGGAACUAGGGCGGCGGGGGGACAAACUUCUCUUCCUCACAUGAGGUUACUGUUUCUUUCCUCUGCGGAGCAUUGGAUCCUCCCACAGUUGCCCUGGUGAUGAAUUAGGGCUUCGCAUCUGUGUACAUCCCACCUUGAAUCUUGAUCGUGACAAGAAACACCUCAGGCCUUCAGUCAAUUCCAAAGCUCCUUCAGAUGUUUUUAUAAUGGGUGUUUUUACAUGCACGUAUGUGUAUGCAUGUAUACACCCAUACAGACAUGCACACACACACUCCUACUACUCCUACUCCAUUAGCUAACAUAUCCUCCCUCUCCACAAUCCCUGUCACAUACCUUUCAGGAGGUGAUGGUUGUCUUAGUUGUCAUCUACCAGACAAACGUCCUGGGCCCAUCCUCCCUCCUGAUACUGUAGCCUUUUGGUACCCAGGGUGAGUUGGUGGGGAACAGAGAGAUGAGAAGCAGAGGGCUUGGGGAAGGCCUGUUCCUCUCUGACUCAGCCGUUUUUGGCAUUAUUGCAAAAGCUUGACUCCUGGUUGCCUUUUCCCAGCCAGUUUUCAGUUGGGGUGAAGGUGUCUGUAAGUGUGAGGUCCGGAUGCUGCUGCUCAUGCUGGGCUUUCCUUUUGGGAACUAUUUCUCUUAUUUAUAGUGUCGGGCUUCCGGGGAAAGCAAUCAUUGGUUUGUAUGUGUAUGUGCACACACACAUGCAUAUACACGUUUGUGUAUGUGGAAAUGCUCUGGGCAAGUGAAAUCUAUAGAAGAGUUGCCUCCUGUCUCUCGAAUCUUCCAGAGAUAUCACUUAAUUGUUAACAGCUUUUGUGUUAAUCCCCUUCAGCCCCCAGCUCUUUUAUUCUACCAUGGCUGGAGAGUUGAUACCUGCAGUCAGCCUGCCAGUGACUCUUAGUGUCUGUUUCUGACUUAUUCUUCCUGUCUCUGUCUUCCAACCCCCAAUAAUAUUUCCACCAGGGAUGCAUCAUUUUUACUCCCAGUAUUCUGUAGAGAAGGAGUCAGGAUGCUGUCUUCCCACGAAUAGUACUCAGUAACAAACCAAUUGCAUUUUAGUUGGGCAGUGCUCCCACCCACCCUCCAGAUCCCUUCCAGUUAAAACCCUUCCCCCUUCCCUCCAUGUGUUUCUCAGUUUCCCGUUUUGUUUGUUGGAUCGUUCCACUGCCCCUCCUCCUCACCCUAUCACCCUUGGAUCGUAAUGUAAAAUUCUUUUACCAUGUCAAGAAAUUAUUAAAAAUACAGGUACUUUGACCUCUUUCUAAA